AUGAAGAAUAACUCGGCAGCAUCGAAUCAUACUACAUCACGAUUGUCAAGCAAAAGCCUAGAACGAUCAGUAUUCGCGACGCCUAGUUCACGUUCUCAACCAUUAAAAUCGAAUGUUAAUAAAUCAAUUGAAGAUUUAUCACAUCUGCAACAUCCUGGUAGAUCUGAUCAACAUAUUGUAGGUUCUUCAAAAUCAUACACUAUUCUUCCAAUCCACAAUCGCAUCAAUAUUCAUUCAUCAUCACAUACACCUCAAUCUCAGAAAACAGAUGCAUUCAAUUCAACUACUACAAUUAAACUUCAUGAUUCUAGUUUCAUGCAUUUUUCAAACGCAAAUGAUGCAAAGAUUAAUUCUAGUUCAUGGAGGUUUAAUACAGGUAACCGACGAGAUAUUAACACAAUUGGAAGAGAAAAUAGAAAUAAAAAUAAAAAAUGUCAUCACCUAUGUGGAAAAUAUCCACUUUAUUUUUAUGUGGCUCUUGGUGUUGCAUUAUUUUUAAUUCUUGGUAUGAUCAUCGCAUUACCUGUUAUAGUGACUUCAUCAAUGAUGACUACUUCCACUAUUUCCACUACGACAGCAAUUGCAAAUGUAACCCGAAUCACAUUUGCUGUGCGUAGAGAUUCUGGGUAUUUUGGAAUUGAUGAUGUUUCUAUUCGUAAUGCAGCAGCACCAGGUAUUGAACUCUUGUCUAAUGGUGGCUUCGAAACAGGUGAUUUUUCAUCGUGGAUUCAUUGUGUUCAAAGUGGCUCAUUAGCUACUGGAUCUGUUCAAUCAACAUCAAGUGGUAUCACUUAUGGCAGCUAUAAUUUUGUUGCUCGUUCAGGUUUCUACUACUAUUUGGGUGGAGCAACAGUUAAUGCUGAAUAUCUUAGCCAAACAUUUCCUAGUAUUAUUGGAAAUACAUAUAUUUUCAGUUUUGCAUAUGUUUAUGCUGGCAAUGGAUCGUUGAAUAGUGGCGAUUUUUUACUCAGCGUUUGA